AUGGAGGACGUACUGUCUCGUGCUUGGGCUCAAGUAAGAUGGGAAGAAGACGUUGCUAGUAGGGCCAAAGCCGGUCGAAGUAUUAGCAGAAGUCAUCAAAGUCUAUUAGGAGUGACCGAGAUGAGCCCUCUCACCCCAAGUUCGCUAGGGAUACUAGUAAUCCGAACAGGGGCAGGAACUGAUCGGUGUCCUACGAAAAAUGGGUCCUCAAGUCAAAUGGCCUCCCACGCAGAGGCUAAUCGAAACCCCAAGCGAUGGUGCGAAUUCCAUAGUGACCAUGGUCACACUACGGAGGACUGCAUAGCCCUGAAGAUGGAAGCCUCUGAGCUCCUCAAGAAAGGCUACCUACGGGAAUUCCUUUCGGAUAAGGCCAAGAACCUCCUAAAUAAGGAAGGUCCCGGUCUCCCUACCGAGGCAGCUCCUGCAUUACCACCACAACAAGACCGGGUGAUCCAUGUCAUCUCAGGCGGAUCGGAGGUAAGCGGAAUUAGCAGUGCCGCAGCCAAGAGAAGUACUCGCAAUGCUAGGAACGACCAAGAGGCCGAGGGUCCCAAGCGCCUACUCCUUGGAACAGAAGAGAUCAGCUUCACUGCAAGGGAGCACGAGAAGGUCCUGGCUCCUCACCAUGAUGCUCUCGUCAAUUCACUUACCAUAGCAAACUGCUUGGUCAAGCGAAUACUAGUAGACAACGGGAGCUCCAGCAACAUAAUCUUCCAUUCGGCUUUCGCCGACCUAGGGCUGGAACCUACAACUCUAACCAGAAAGGCGACAUCCCUUGUAGGCUUCAGUGGAGAAGUCAAGCAAACCCUAGGAGAGGUCCUUCUCCCCGUGUACGCCGAGGGGAUAAACUAA